CUACUUCUCAGCACCAUCCCGAACUAUAUCAGAAAUAGAAAUAGAAAUAGAAAGAACUCAAACAGAAACAGAAACACCUUCACUAUUCACUAUCAUCAAUGAAUUAGCAAAUCUUCAUCAUCAUCAAUACUAUCAUCACCACCAUGUCACUCAAUACUACUACUUCAACUCCACAACAACCAAAUCAAACUCAUACUCAAGCCUUAGCAUCUAUCACUGCUGCCAUCGCUUCACUUCAAUCUCAACAAGCCAUUCUAACUCAUGAAAAUGAUACCAUCAAAACUACAACGUCUCCUCCUUCUUAUAAAAUCAUUGGAAUCGUACUAGCUCUCGUCUCUGGUGUCUUUAUCGGUUCUAGUUUUGUUUUAAAGAAAAAAGGUUUAUUGAAAUCUCAACAAACCGUUUUGGAAAAAGGUGGUCAAGUUGGUGAAGGUCAUGCUUAUCUUAAAAGUUUAUUAUGGUGGUCUGGAAUGUCUAUAAUGGUAGUAGGUGAAAUUUGUAAUUUUGUAGCGUAUGCUUUUGCAGAUGCAAUCUUAGUAACACCUAUGGGAGCACUUUCAGUGGUGAUUUGUGCGAUUCUAUCUUCAAUCUUUUUGAAGGAAAGAUUAUCGUUUUUUGGAAAAUUAGGUUGUUUACUUUGUAUUUUAGGUGCAACUAUCAUUGCAUUAAAUGCUCCUCAAGAACAAGCGGUUUCUACUAUCUCUGAGUUCAAAAAACUUUUCCUAGCACCUGGUUUCUUAGUCUUUGCUUCCAUCAUCAUCCUCUCUGCUCUUCUCUUAAUCUUCGUUGCUGCUCCAAGAUGGGGUAAAUCAAAUAUGUUUGUUUAUAUCUCAGUUUGUUCUCUUAUCGGUGGUCUUUCUGUUGUUUCUACUCAAGGAUUAGGUGCUUCUAUUAUCACUUCAAUCAAAGGUGAUAAUCAAUUUAAGAAUUGGUUCAUGUAUUUUCUAAUUGGAUUUGUUGUUUGUACACUAUUAACUGAAAUCAAUUAUCUUAAUAAAGCAUUAGAAUUGUUUAAUACUGCAAUGGUUACUCCAACAUAUUAUGUCAUGUUUACUUUUUCAACUUUGGUAACUUCUAUCAUUUUAUUCCAAGGAUUAAAAUCACCUGUACUAGAUAUAGUCACACUUGUCUUAGGAUUUUUAGUCAUUUGUGUAGGAAUCACUCUAUUACAAAUGUCCAAGAUUGAUCCAUCACAGCUUCGAGGUUUAGAUAGAAGAUCAUCUAUGUUUUUAGCCGUAGAUAAAGAACCAGAUGAUGAACGUGGCACAUCAGCUGAAGAACCUGGUAUAGAUGGAUUAAGAGGAUUUGCAGGUGUGAUUGGAUCAAUGCAUCGAACCAGUUUGAUUGCACGACAAAGUAGAUCUAGUAAACAAAGUCCGAUUAGACAUGAUAGUGGAAUGAGUCCUAAGAUGGGUGGAUCUAAUGAUUUGGAAAUGACCGAUAAUGGGUUAAGGAGACAUAGUCUUUGGGAUCGACCUAUUGAUGAUUCAAUAGAUGAAGGUAAGUUUUGA